AUGGCAUCGCAGCAAAAGGCCGCUGGUCUCCCCUCAAAACCUCCGCAAGGUAUUCCACGCCCAUUGCGCCCACUGCAACACAAGCUUCCCUCCUCCAUUCACCAACGCACCUUUCCACAACUGCAGCGAGUUUCGCAUGAUCGCGUGGAGCUGGGAAAUGGAUCGAACGUUCCAAGCACUAGACCUGGCUGCCGCUGCCCUCGCUGCGGUUCGCCGCGGGGUCACCGGCCAGGCUGUGCUGAUUUCAACAUCGCCAACGAACGCAAAGAACACAAGGAACUCGAGCGCAAGAAAGCCAUCAAGCAGAACCAGUACGAGGCGUCUCGUGGAGCUGGACUCAACGUGCCAGUGUCUGCUGCUGAUGCUCCGUACGGCCUUGCCAUCUACCCUCCUGGCUCUGCUCCCCCUCCUCCGUCUGCAUGGCCAGCUGCCGUGAUCGAUCUGACCGAUGAUACUCCUGCGACUUUUGCCUCGUCCUUCCUGAACACUGAGCCAGCGUUAUCCCGAAUUCGUCAGAACACAUCUGCGGCAGAAGCCCCGUUGUCUGCUACAGUAUCCAGCUCAAACGAGAACCAUCAGCCGCUGUUCCCGCCUCGCCGUUCAGAGGAUGAUGCCUCUUCCGCGCCUUAUUCUCCCCCUGCGGCUAUCCCCCAUAGCAGUCCCACCUCCUACCAGCCAACAUCGGCUACUUCAGCUGGCACACCUGCGUUGUUCGGACAUCGCGACACCUUCCCCUUCACUCUGGCUGCCCGUCAUCGUUCACCAUUCGACCUGAGCUCCGGACUUCCCUCGCCAGAUGACUCUUUUGCAUCGUUCACUGAACCCGCUACUUUCGCCGCGGGGAGAGUGUUUCGCCUGGAACCGCGUCGCUUCUCUCAGACCCCGACCCAGCGCCUAUCUCUGGUGGAUCGACGCCCUGCGCUUGCUCCGUUUGCAUCCCAGACCUUCUCCAGACAACAUGUCCCAGUCACAAUCGGCCCUCGUGCAGAGGCGCCCGCGUCCGGACCUUCUCGCAUGCCCACCUCCACUUCCGAUCCUCGCCUCAACACAAAUGGAAAACGGUCUUUCGGAGACUCCUUCGAAAACGAUAGCCUUUUCGUUUCUCCUUCUCCGACGGAGCCUCGUCCUCUCUUCGAUCUCCCUCCUACGCCCCCCCGCGCCGGCCCCCCCGGUGCGCUCGAACGUGCGAAAGAUACUCCCGAUGCAAACGCGAACUCGUACCGACCUUCGCUCUCGCAGCCGACUGGUACUGGAAGACGUGUCUGCCUGUUCACCAACACCUCCGCCAAGCGUACCGGUAUGCCCACACCUCCUGCCGCCAUGAAUACCGCUCCCCCGGCACCCGCCUGGCCUGCGUCGACUUCGGUUUCCACUUCCACUUCCGCAACCAGCUCGGGCAUUCCGGCGUUUACAUCGGCUGUUCCUGCCUCGUCGCAUCCUGCACCCCCUGUCCUUCCCCGCCCUGUACCCGGGUACGUCUGGAUCGGAAGCGGCUGGCAUGGACCCGUUUGGACGUGUGCCUUGCCUGCUCAUAUGGGCGGGAAUCCGGGCGAUAUUCGUGCGCGUGCGGAUGGAGGGGAUCAGAUUGCGUCUGCUAAGAAGAAGAGAAAGGGUAGCUUUUUCGAACUUGCUGAUGCCACUGAUGAGUCUGAGAGUGAAGGGGGGGUGUCAUCUGAGGAACCAGUGGCGUCACCUAAGAAGGUAGUUCGCCUCAAACUCAAUCCUCGCCCCAGGCCGCCCCGUGAGUCGUUCAGGUGA